AUGCCACCCACCGAUCCGUGGACGACCAGCAAGGUCACAAUGCCGGGCCGCAACUGGCACAUCCCCCGUGUCUCGCAAAACAGCAGCGGGACAAAGACAUGGACCCUCAACUCCCGUCUGUCCCAACCUGACAGAACAACAGAGGAAAGGAAUCCGACAGAAGAAAGCGCAAAGACUGCGCGAUAUGCUGUAUCGACGAAAGAGCAGCCCAAGAUACCAUUAUCGAGAGGCGGCACAUGGGAAAGAACACCAAUCCAGACUUUCUCAUCCACAAUCCCGCCGCAUAGGGUUUUGAAGCCGAUCGCAACAUUAUCUUGGCUACAAGACCCUCGAGAGUGCUUCAGGCUCUCUGAGCCUGAGGGUCAGCAAUUCGCUCAAAUCCAGCAGAUAAUUCGUGAUUGUCUCUGUAUCACCGCACCGGACAUGAUCCGCCCCGAUCUUGACUUCCGUACACAGUAUGCGGUUGUUCGUGCGGGCCCUCACGAGGAACGGACCAACCACGACGAGUUCAAGGGUGACAGUUGUCCCGGCGUCCGCGCGACCAACCGUCGAACUAACCGCGAGUACAAUGUCACUAUGGUGGAUGACGAGAUUUGUACACGCUGA